CGGCGCCCGGAGAGGCUGCAGGGACGCGCGCAAGGUGAACGCAGGGCUGCGGAUGCAGCGCGCAGACUUAUCCAGUGAAGUCAAGGGCUCUACGCUCAGGCAUUGAAUUAAACCAUGGCCCCCAGCCCACAGGGCUGUGUAUCUUGUCUUCUCUUGUUGCUGCUGCCAUGCCUGGGGGCUGGCCCUGCCUUGGGCAGAGGCAUUCCCAGGCCAUUUGAGAACUCAGAAUCCCACAUGAUCCCAUCAGAGCCACAGACCUUUGACCUCUUCUGGGAGAAGCCGAGAAAUAAGAGUUCCUGGCACAGGGGAAUUCUCCAGGUCUCUGCUGAAGGCCCUGAGAGGCCUGCAGACUCUCCCCUAGGUCCAGCCCUGCUUGGGCCCAAAGCAGCCCCUGAGGUCCAGGGUGAAAGGCUCCUAAUAACUGAUGACCUCCAGCUGGCCCGAGCACUCACCUCCCAAGGCUGGACAGGACCUCCUGGUUCACAGGAGCUCCCAGAGCCAGAAGCACCAGACCCUCACCCAUUGGGAACACCCCAUCUCCCUUUAGUCCCUAUAACUCCCAGCCCUCAACUCAGGGUAGCCACGCUUGCCACUGCCCCACAGAAGUCCGGAGGCCCAGGAGGACAGCAGCCAGCUAGGGAUGAGGGUCUAAAGGGCAAGACCAACAUCACACAGGCUUCCUCCUGGGACUACCAUGGCUCUCCGCACACUCUGGCACCGGAGACAGGUGCUGUGAGGACAUUAGUGCUGAAGAAGCAGGGUGGACAUGAAGAGGGCUUCCAGGAGGCUGUCCAGGGGCCCCUACUCACCCUGCAGGAUCCAGUAGCCCCUGAGGUUGGCUCAUCAGCCCCAGUUGAGGUGGCAUCCACUCAGGAGCCUGGAGCCCAGCUAGACCUGGCAUUGGCCAGAAGCCUUCCUCUUCCUGAGGGGCUGCCAGCUGAACCCCCACAAAAAGCUGGGGAUACCUGGGAAGUCAGCUCCCUGGGACCCCAACCCGAACAGACUGACCUCCUUGGUGGACAAGAUUCCCCCGCUCCACAGCCCCCGCCACCUUCAGCCUCGGAUACUUCUGAUGGGCAACUGAGACCAGCAAUAGCCUCGAUGAAUGGAGCAGACCCCAUCUCUCCUCAGCGAGUGAGAGGAGCAAUGGAGGCUCCAGGAACCCCCAAGUCCUUCAUCCCUGAUCUCCCAGCCUCUGCUCAAGCUGCAAAUGGAACGGAGAGCCCUGUGAGGAGGGCCCCGCAGCCAGAUGAUGCCGAGGAAUGGCCGGGUCGCCCACAAAGCCACCCUCCAGCACCCCCUGUCCAAGCCCCCUCGACAUCUCGGCGUGGCCUCAUUAGAGUCACCACACAGAGAGCUCUGGGCCAACCACUCCCUCCGGAGCCCUCUGCCAGCUCCAUGGCUCCAGCCCCAGCUUCUAGCCCCCCGGCCAAUGCCACCGCACCUCCUCUCCGUUGGGGUCCCCUGCGGCGGGUGCUCAGUUUUUCCUGGGAGCUUCAUGUCUAUGGGGUAGGGGUGCUUUUCCUGCUUCCAGCAUUAUUGGCGUUGGUCACACUGGCAGCCGCCCUAGCGGGACCCCGGUUGGCACUAGUGGCUGCUGCUCUGGUGUUGGUGGCUUCAGGGCUGAGAUCUGCCUACAUGCUCACCGAUCCUUACGGCUCUCAGGCACGGCUGGGGGUCCGUGCAGGCCUGGUGCUAUACAACUUGCCCUUUCCCUUGCUACUCACUGCACUGGCAGCACUGACCCUGCUGGGUCUGGGUGCUGGUCUGCCACAGCCUCUGCAGAAGCCGCUCCUGCUGGGAGUCGUGGCGCCAGUGCACGGCGCAGGUUUGUUGGCCACUGACCUCUUCUCCACCAAGCCUGUCCUCAACCUUCUGACACAAGGCUUAUCUUGUGCCUGGGGUGCGUCAGUGGCUCUGGGCACACUCUGCCUGUGCCGUCGCCGCCUGCUAGAGGGCCCCCGGGGCUGGGAUGCCAGUCCAGGCCCCCGGCUGCUGGCUGUGGCGGGCUCACUGGGGCUGUUGGCCAGUGGUCUGCAGUUGGCGGCCUCACUCUGGCUGUACCCAGGGCCCGGCCGGGAAGGUCGCUUCUCCUGGGCUUGGUGGGGCGUGCACUUCUGGCUGCGCCUGCUGGAGCUGACCUGGGCACUAGCCCUGGCACUGGCGGCCCUGGCUGCCACUCGGCCCAGGCCGCCCACAGAGCACGCUUGCUGGGCCAAGCUGCUGCGCCUGGCGUGCCCCGCGCCCACGGGCAAGAGCGAAGUGCCCGAGAGACCGAAUAACUGCUAUGCGGGGCCCAGUGGCCUGGGCACAGGCGGCUUGGACAUCAGCAAAAGUCUCAUUCGCAACGCUGCAGAAGGUGGGCUUCCUGUCACGCCUGGUUCCGGAGCCUGGGGUUCGGCUGCAUCGCUGGGUCGCGGUCGUUCGGGAGGCCCGGGGAUGUCUCGAGGCAGUGUGGGGCCCGCGCCGUCGCUGAGCGAGCUGGAUCUGCGGCCGCCGUCGCCCAUCAAUUUGAGCCGCAGCAUCGACGCUGCGCUCUUCCGGGAGCACCUGGUCCGAGACAGCGUGUUCCAACGCUGCGGCCUCCGCGGCCUGGCCUCCUCGCCGCCAGGGGGCGCCCUGCGGCCUCGCCGAGGCAGCCAGCCCGACGCUGAGCUCGACGGCGCGGGCGCCUCGCUGCUCCGAGGCCGCUGCCGCUCGCUCAGCGAGGUGUGCUUGCGCGCGUCGCUCCCGCAGCACGUGGUGGAGCCGCCAGUGGGCGCCGCGGCCGCGGGGACUUCCGGCAGCUCCUUGGACAGCUUCUCCAAGGGCUCGCUCAAGAUCAGCUGGAAUCCGUGGCGUCAUGGGCUGUCGUCUGUGGACAGCCUGCCCCUAGAUGAACUGCCCAGCACCGUGCAGCUGCUGCCACCACCUACCCCAGCCCCUGCUCCGGCCCGGGCUGGAGAGCCUCAGGGUGACCAACCACGCUGCAAAUCCAGCGAGUCUCAUAGCGCCUCCAGUGAUACUAUAGAGCUCUGA